AUGGUUUUUACCUUCAACCCCCCCUACAGAAGGAAUGGUACGAAAAAGUUCCGGGUAUGUGGGAGUGAGCUGCACCUACCUGGCUCAGGUGACGGAAACGACAGCCAGCUGAGAGCUCCGCAUGUUUUCAACACUGCAAAAAAACAACCGGAGUCAGUCUGUGCAGGUGAGGAGGUGGACAGGAGCUCACCUGAGAUGGGGAACAGGGAGAGCUUUAAGAGGGAGAAGAGGGAGUCCGAGAAGGAGAAGAAGGAGCCUGAAAUACCAGACAUCUCAGUGACUAACGCCUCUCCUCCUCCUGCAGACGGAUCCAUGUUCAACCUGCCGGGACCUGAACAGACCGGCACUACAGGACAGUUAGACACAGGACAGGUAGACACAAGACAGGUAGACACAGGACAGGUAGAGGAGGAGGAGCAGGGUGAAGGCCCCAGCAGCCGCAGAGGCAGCCGUAAACACUUCCUGGAGGCCAUGAUGAGCAGCUCCCCCCAGCUGAGGAGGAGCAUGGUGAGGAGCUCCGUCUACCUGCCCUCCUCCAGGAGCGACGGCGACUCGGCCUCCCUGGUGUCCUCCAGCCCGGACGAGGACCGGACCUCGGCCACUCUGGACCCGCUGGAGCACGAGUGGAUGAUGUGUGCGUCUGACGGGGAGUGGACCCGCCUGAGCCCCCUCCUCCACACCGACCCCACCCUGGUCCUGAGGAAGGACUUCGUCACCGGGUUCACCUGCCUGCACUGGGCGGCCAAGUGGGGCGAGCCGGAGCUGAUGGCGCUGCUGAUCAACUUUGCCAAACGGCACGACGUCUCCGUCAGCGUGGACGUUCGGUCCAACGCCGGCUACACGCCGCUGCACGUGGCCGCCAUGCACAACCACAUGGAGGUGGUGAAGCUCCUGGUGGGGGCCUACGCCGCCGACGUGGAGGUCAGAGACCACAGCGGGAGGAAGGCCUGCCAGUACCUCACCGACAACGUGAGCGUGAACAUACGGGACAUCAUAGGAGCGUACGAGCGAUCUGACGCCAAGAAUGCCGACCGCAGGGACGGAGGCCGCUGGAGGUUCUCCAAGGUUCUCCAGAUGAACCUGAAGCCCCUCAGGCUCCUAGACCCCAACGGCUGCGACUCCGUGGACGGGGAGGUCCGACCCAGAGAGAAGGUCCUCAGGAGGAGGUCCUCACUCAGCAGGAUGAAGCCCAAACUGCAGAGGCUGCGCCUGAGGACGUCGCAGAUUGUCCACAGCACCACGUUCCGCGACACGGAGGAGCAGGAGGGAACCGGGAAGGGUUCCUUUAAGUCCAGACCCAAGACCCACUUCUUUGGGUGA